GCGGGAGCGUCCCGGCCUGGACUCGACACCACAAGACCCCUCUGCCAGGCAGGAGAGAUUUCCAAGAGUGAUUUUUCACCAUGGAACUCUUAGGCUCUACCUUAACGGCAACUUACGCCCACCCCAGACCAACAUCCACCAAUUUCCUGCCGGCCAUCAGUACCAUGGCGUCCAGUUACAAGAACCGUUUCCCUCACUACUCUCUGACCCAUAGCUUGAGUUUACCGUGGAGACCAACCACCUAUUAUAAAGUGGCAUCCAACAUACCCUCGUUGGCUCCAUUUUCCAAAAGCUCUCAGGGGUUAUCCGAAAGCAAGAUGCUCCCCUUUAUUUCCAAUAGGACGACCCUCUUCACCAGGUAUACCCCUGACGAUUGGUAUCGAUCCAACCUAACAAACUACAAAGAGUCUGAAACAUCCCGACACAAUGCUGAGAGGCUAAGAGUAGACACGUCGCGGAUGAUCCAAGAUAAGGACCAGCAAACGAGAAAAACCCAGUCAGACACCACCAAAAAUCUGUGCGAGCGAGUCAACGAUAUAGGAUUCUGGAAAUCAGAACUCACUCACGAGAUCGAUGAAAUGAUUGGCGAGACAAAUGCCCUCUCUGACGUCAAGAAGCGAUUGGAAAGGGCCCUGGCUGAAACAGAGGCCCCUCUUCAGGUUGCCCAAGAAAAUUUAUUUCACAGAGAGAAGAGGAUGGGUAUCGAUCUGGUUCAUGAUGAUGUGGAAAAACAAUUGCUAACAGAGGUCGACGUUGUUAAAUCUUGUCAAGAAAGAAUGAGGCGACAUCUGGACAAGGCUUUGUCUCAACUGGCGUCUGACAGAGCAGCCCAACAUGAAUUGGAAAAAGACCUCAAUGACAAGCAGGCGGCCUACUGGAUUGAUGAUAAAUGCCAAUACCUCCGAAACACGUCUGACGGGAUCGGCUACUUCAAGGGGGUGGAGCGAUUCGAUGCCACGAUCUCCGUGCCAGAAUCAUGGGCCAAGUUUACUGACAAUAAUAUUCUGCGUUCCCAGAGUGAACGGGCUUCGUCCUCCAAACUGAGAGAAGACAUCGAGAACCUCUUGGUUGUGACUGCAAAUGAGAUGUGGAAUCAGUUCAAUAAAGUAAAUGUUGCACUCACCAAUCGCACUGCUGAAACUGCGGAUGCCAAGAACAAGAUUCAGUCUCACCUGGCCAAGACCCUCCAAGAGAUCUUCCAGACGGAGAUGAUGAUAGAAGCAAUCAGAAAAGCUAUCAGGGAAAAGGUUGCUCCUUUAAAAGUGGCCCAGACCAGACUGGACGAACGCACCAGGAGGCCAAAUGUGGAACUCUGCCGAGAUUCAGCUCAGCUCCGCCUCGUCCACGAAGUGUACGAGAUCGACGACACUGUCCAGAAACUGCAGCAGCGGCUGAGGGAUGCCGAAGACACCCUUCAGAUGCUGGUCCACACCAAGGCCACUUUGGAGCAUGACUUGGCUGUCAAAGCCAACUCCCUCUAUAUCGACCAGGAAAAGUGUAUGGGCAUGAGGAAGACUUUCCCCAACACUCUCAGGCUGGUGGGUUACACUUAGACAGACUCCUGCCACAAAGAACAGACCUUCCACCAUAAAACCAGGACCCGGGGUGCGUUGGAUUUCCUUCUGUUGCACCAUGGCUUUUGAAAAACAUAUGGUAAUAUUUUCACAUAUUAAAGGAUGUUCUUUGUA